AUGCGAUCAGGUUUCAUAAUCUCGAUUCUUUGUGCGGUCGCUACGGUUCAAGCGCUGAAUCCUAUUGUAAUCAAAGGACACAAGUUCUUUGAUUCUGUCACUAAGAACCAGGUUUUCAUCAAGGGUGUUGCUUACCAGCCUCGUUCAGAUGGUAUUUCAAACGGGGAUCCACUAUCAGACGCAUCUGCCUGUGCACGGGAUGCGUCUUUGAUGGCGAAAAUCGGAAUGAAUGUCAUCGAUCCACGAAAGAAUCAUGACGCCUGUAUGAAAUCCUUUGCAGACAAUGGAAUCUAUCUGUUAUUGGAUAUAGCUACACCAAAAUACUCUGUUAACCGAAACAGUCCAGAAUACAAUGUUCAUCAGUACAAUUCUUAUACAGCUGCUAUUGAUGCAUUUGGUCAUUACGACAACAUAUUUGCCUUUAUUGCUGGCAAUGAGGUGACAAACGAUCGCACAAACACCAAGGCAUCUCCAUAUGUCAAGGCAGUAAUCAGAGACACAAAAAACUAUAUUAGAGAAACACAAAAACGAAAGAUCCCAGUUGGAUAUGCCAGUAAUGAUGAUGAAUUUAUCCGAGGUGCAAUCAAGGAUUAUUUUGCAUGCGGUGAUUCGGACACACAGGCUGAUUUCUUUGGUGUAAAUCUAUACGAAUGGUGUGGUGACUCAACAUUUCAAAAAUCUGGAUUUGCAGAUCGCACCAAAGAAUUUGAAACCUACAGCAAACCUGUAUUUUUGUCCGAAUAUGGUUGUAAUCUUGUCUCUCCGCGCAAGUUUGGCGAAGUAGCGGCAUUGUAUGGACCGGACAUGACAGAUGUAUGGUCAGGUGGUGUGGUGUACGAGUGGACGCAGGAGAACAAUAACUAUGGAUUGGUCAAAAUCGAUAGUUCAACCGGAAAGGUUGAAUUACUCCCAGAUUACAACAACCUACAAAAUGCACUUGCCAAGGCCAAUCCUAAAGGAGUCACACUAGACAAUUUCAACGAGCAGCGAGCAGAACCGGAUUGUCCAGCAAACGAUGACAGCUGGAAGGCUUCCGUAGCCUUACCGCCUACCCCUUCAGAAGGUGCAUGCGAGUGUAUGCAGAACAACCUUGCUUGCGUUGCGUCGGACAAGGUGUCCAAUACAGACUCAACAUCCAUGUUAACAAAUAGCAGCAGCAUCAUUGGCAUCCAGAUAGAUUCUUUGUGUGGAAUGGUUUCAUGCAAUGAUAUUGGCAGUAAUGGCGAGACUGGUCACUACGGAGCAUACUCUUUCUGUUCUCCCGAAAGCAAACUUAGCUGGCUUUAUAGUCUUUAUGUCCAGGACAACCAGGCGAGCAGAUGCGACUUUAAUGGGUUUGCUAGACAGGAGUAUCCCAAGCGUAAUGACAUUGGCAGCUGUUCAAAAAUCGGUCCUACUAUCAAUAGUAGUGGUCGUGAAUUUGUAGAUGCAAAGAAAAGCGCGGCAACUGUUUAUAAUCCUAAUGUCUUGAUCUCUUCAACUGCAUUGAUAGCCAUUAAUAGUAGUAGUAGUAGUAGUAGUAGUGGUAGCAGUGGUGGUAGUAGUAGUAAUACAAUACAAUAUAACACACUAUAA